CGUUACGUAAACAACGGUCAGGAAUUAUAAAAAAAUACACGAGAUUUUCAAUGCCGAUUAAAAUAAUGUGAUUGCGAGAAAUUCUUGAAUGUGUAAACGAUUGUUCACGUAUACAGAAUUAUUCAAAAUUUGAAUUUGUUUUUGUGACAGUGAUGUGUAUCGCAAUAAACAUUAGAUUGGAAGACUGAGUCCGAGCAAUAUCAGUACAAUGGCUAGAGAACAUAAAGAAUUGUUAUGGGAUUAUCUCAUUUUUAUUGUUAUGAUAGGAGCGACAAUUGGAGUUGCCCUAUAUUCAAAGUUGUGUGGAGCUAAGGAAAAGACAAAAGCAGAUUAUGUGUUUGCAGCAGGAAAAGUAUCGGUAGUUGCUAUGAUGUGUAAGUAUAGCUCGAGGGAAUUUGGGAGUGCGAUCCGUAAUUGGUUAUCCUGCAGAACUAUUUUACAGAGGAGCUACUAUGUGGGAAUCUUUAUACGGAACCCUGCUAGCUUACCCAAUAGUGUGUUUCGUAUUCGUACCUAUGUAUUACAACUUGGGUAUAACUUCAGUUUACCAAUAUUUAGACUUGCGGUUUAAAUCGCGGUUGGUGAGGUGUUUGGCCUCAGGAACGUUUAUAUUCAGACAGUUUUUAUUGCAAGGAGUCACUGUGUUUACUCCGUGCGUCGCUUUAAAAGCGAUUAGUGGAGUUCCAUACUGGGUGUCAAUUUGUGGUAUAGGAUUAAUUAGCAUGUUUUUUAAUAUACUGGGUGGUCUAAAGGCUGCGAUUUGGGCAGAUGUACUACAAAGUGUGAUAACUGUCCUCGUAAGUGUAGCUAUAAUAAUAUGUGGUGCUUUAGAAGCCGGUGGGAUUGGAAGGGUGGUUGAACUCAACAAAAAGGAUGGCCGACUGGAAUUCUUUAAUUUUGAUCCGGAUCCAACAGUACGUGUCACAACAAUUUCCGCAGUAUUUGGAACUUUAUUUAUGUCGCUCUCUAUUCUUGGUUGCCAGCAAAGUUUUGUUCAACGAUACCUCAGUAUGGGAUCUCGGCAACAAGUAACAAAGGUCCUAAUGUAUAACAUUCCAGUAGUAACAGUCCUAUUCAGUUUAGCUUGGGUUGUGGGCAUGGUGAUUUAUGCUGUGUAUGAGAGUUGUGAUCCUCUGUCUUACGGUUACAUCAAAAACUUGGAUGAAAUCCUUCCAUUUUACGUCGGAGAUCGAUUCAGCUUUUUUCCAGGAUUAUUAGGAUUAUUUAUGGCAACUCUUUUCAACGGAGCACUUAGUUUAAACGUUUCACUUGUAAACUCAUUAGCUACAGUAACGUACGAGGAUUUUCUAAAACCGAUUCCGGCUCUAAAAGGACUAAAAGAUUACUACGAGCUUUGGACAAUUAAAGGUAUUAGUGUAGUAUAUGGACUUAUAAUUAUGGGAAUGAGCUUUGUAGUCAGCAUGAUUGAUGGAGUUAUAGAAGCUUCGAUGUUGGUUACUUCGGUCACGUCUGGACCCUUAUUAGGAGUAUUUUUGCUGGCUAUGUUAAUACCUGUGGCUAAUGGAAAGGGAGCAGCUUUUGGUAUAAUCCUUGGUCAUUUAGUAACAUUUUGGAUUGCUAUCGGAGCAUUUAUUAUCGAAAAACCUCCAACACCUUAUUUGCCUUUAAACACAUAUGGUUGUAACGAAACGUUCUUUAGCGACUACAUCAAACGGCCAAGUGAUGUUAGUUUUAACGUGACUACGUUUAACUUAAUGAAGAAUACCUACACGGAGCCUAUUCAACCAGAUGUUAGUAAUAUGAAGAACCCAUUAUAUCUGCUAUAUUCAGUAACUUAUAUGUACUAUACCUGUAUUGGAUGUCUGGUAACAGUCUUGUUUGGAAGCCUAGUAUCAUAUAUCACAAAGAGUAAACUUGACAAGUGCGACGAAGAUUUGAUUCAUCCCAUGAUUUGGAAAAUAAAAAACUUGUGUCGCAGAAGCGCAAGUUUUGAGUUACCAGAAGUUAAGGAAAAAGAAACACCUGUGAAUUGACACAUGUAAAUUAAGAAUAAACGAGACUGGUAUCUAGUAUAAUUUUAUAUAUUUGUAACAAAUAAGUAUUAAUUUUGUACGUAUUGAAAUAUAUUUUAUAUUGUU